GUCAUUCGUUAAUCGUUCCAAUAGUCUUCCACUCAUAUCGCCGAUAGUUGCAUUGCUGUGCACUAUCGCAUAUACAAUGACGUAGCCAGGACGUAGUGCUGAAGCGCCAUCUGCUUCAAUUUACAUUGUGCAUCCUGUCAUUCUGAAUUCUGACGAUUCUGACAUCGACUAUCUUACCGUAGUGUGUGAAAAUUAAAUUUCCUCAAAUAUCCAAAUCAAUUUCCUCCGAAGGUGCUUUGCAACUGUUGGUGUUCAUAGUAUUUGAAUGAUAUUAAAUCUCGCUUAUUACAAGAAUCACUAAAGCAAUGACGGACAAGAAAGAGGCAUUUGUGAUAGCAAUCGGUGGAACUGGACCGCCGCCAGUCAGUGCACCCUCGUUUACCCCACAACCUCCGCCACAGGCUAACCCGCCUAUGCCGACGAGUCAACCUUAUGGUGUGAUGCCAGGAAUUCCAGGAGGGAAUCCGUACGUGAUUCCAGGUCAAACACAGAUAUAUCCUCAGGGACCGCCUCCCACAUACGAUCAAGCUUUAACACAUCCGGCGGCUAUCGUAGGACAACACAUGUAUCCGCCAGGUGCGAUGUACACAACUGGUUAUCCGACAUACCUAGGAUAUCCGACGUACGCCCCAAUGCAGUAUUAUCCAUCUUUAGGUGCCUAUUCGUACGCAAUGCAACCUGCACAACUCAGGCCCACAAUCAUGAUACCGAAUAGCUACGAGGCCGGCGCCCGAUUUGACGGUCUCGGGCAGCAGGUACUACCUGCACCCGGCGCCCCGCCCGGCGUGCCGCCCACAGCCGCUCAGCUAGCCGCCAUGGCCGGCCACCAGGUGGCGCUAGGACAGAAGAAAAACACCUUCCUGGCAGGCGGGGCGGAGGCCGGCGGGUACGCCUUCUGGUAGGCGAGGAUGUGAGGAGUGGGCGUGGCAUGUAAGAGAGAGAUAGCGAGAGAAAGAGCGAUGUAUUGUGUGUAGCGAUCGGAUGGAAAGUGGUACUCUCCGUGGUCACGAGUAAUGAUCGGCUGUAUUCCUGUCUAAAUACGUAGCAAAAAUUCAAAGGUGAUUGUUUGGAUUUUUCUAAGAGUGUCUUUGACAGUUCUCGAAGAAAUACUUCGUUUGAAAACAUAGAGCAAAAGAACAACUAACCAAUGCUCUUGUGACAUGUGCUUUAAAAUAUGUAUAUGCUUCGACCCAAAAAAAUAUCUGGCAUUCCAUACACGUCGCUUUUACUAUCCGCACUUCUAAUUUUGAUAUUCAGUAUUAUAUGUUUGCCGUAUUGGGAAACUUAAAACAUGUUCUAUAUGUCUGAACCUUAUAUUUCAGUUCAAACUCGAUGUUUUUUAACUUUUUCUUGGUCACUACAAGUUCUAGUGUUUUUUCUAGUUUCUUCCAUAGAUCUGAAUACGUGUAUAUGCAUUUUUUGUAACCUGUCUUGAUAACACGAGAGUACCAUUUUCCACAUUUUGUACGUUUGUUGGUAUGACAUACAUCUUUUCUUGAAUAUAACAGAGCACAUAAUCAUGUUAUUAUAAACUCGACAAUAGUUUAUUAUCUAAGAUAAUAUGCCCUAGAAAAUUUCAAAAUAAUCAAACUGAGAAACUUGCUAUAACGUGCUAGUCCACAAUCUAAUUUAUUUUUUAAAAAGUACAAGUAGAUACAAGACUAAUGCACACAUUUACUUAAAAGGGUUCAGGAAAAUGUGUAUGUCAUAAUUUACUGUUAGGUGACUAAUGAUUAAAACGACUUCCACGACAAUUAAAAAUUGAUACAUUUACUGUAUGAAAUGGAAGUCGCUGUUUUAAUCAAACAUAUGAAUAGUUUCAGCAUGAAGUAUUUUCAUACUUACGGUCAAAAAAAUGCCAAGUGUCCCAAAAACAGCAUUGCAGUAACACAUUUAGUCAUUAUAAACAUGUUAUGCUUAUAUCUGAUAACACUUUAUAUAUUCUUAUAAAUCCAAGGUUUAAAUGUGGUUCAUACUGUUGAUUAACGUAUUCUACAUAAAGAUAACCAAACUAAUACUACAUUUCCCAAAAAAUGCCGCACAUUCAUCUAUGAGAAGUUUUCCCGGCUCUGUUUCUCAUUUCUGCACUAAUUAGGAACCUACUUUGAAAAGGUUAGUGUCUAAUAGAUGGCACUGCAGUCAAAUAUACAGGGUGUCUCAAAAGUACAGGCACUCCCAAACCAAGGUUGCUUUGGAUGCGAAAGUUUUAUGAAAUCUCGUGGCGCACGUGGUGACCUUGGAUUUGACAUUGAGGUCAUUUCAAGGGAAAGUUUAUUUUUCAGAUAGGAACCCCCAUUUUUUAUUGCAGACAUAGAAUGCCAACAAAUUUCUUUUUCAACGGUAUAAAUAUCAUAGAGACUAAAAUUACAUCUAGAGGUUAUUUCAAGGUCAAUCGUUGCUCUUUCAUAGAAUGUUGUGAAUCAGCAGAUAGCUGAAAAAAGACGAACAUUCAAUGCGAAAAUUGCGGGAUACUCAACGACAUAUCUGACGGUGACCUUGAGUUUGACGUUGGUGAUGUUCUUGAAGGCCAAUUCAAGGUCAAAUUGAUUUUUUCACAGGAAAACUCAAUUUUUAUACCAACGCUGAAUAUCGACAAAAAUUGCAUAUCCGAGGUAAAAUCACAUCUAGAGGUUGUUUCAAGUUCAAACGUGGAUUAGACUGAGACGAACGAUAGUCAUUUUUUUACAGCACCCUUAGUUUCAGAGAUAUUUGGGUGUGUCCGUACUUUUGGAGUACCAUGUAUGCGCUAAUAUACUUGGUUACAACGCCUCUAUGAUACACUAACAUUUUCAAAGUACAUUUAUAAUUAUUGAAGAGGCGAAAAAUUUCGGGACGGGGAAAUGUUAGGUUGACUAUUCAAAGGUAGAUUUUUCGACAUUACUGAACAUGGAUGCAAACUGUAUUUGAACCAUGUGUUUAUGAGUUUAGAUAAACUGUUACGUGAUCUGUGGCCUGAUUCUGACUCAAUUUGACCCUGAAAAUUAAAUUCGAUAUUACCUUGCCUUAAAUACACGGUGUCCCAUUUUAAUCCCCAUACCUAAAUAUUUCGAAAACCGCUCAUUCUAGAAAAAAGUUACAAACAAAAUUUGUAGGGUUUCGAUGGGGCAUAAUGAUGGUGACCUUGACUAAAUCCUUCAAGGUCAAGCGAAUAUUUUCGAAUGGAACCCCCCGUUAAUCACAUCGGAAUUCAAAAUAAGAGCAAAUUUUACGUUUGGACAUUGACUUUGCCAUGUACUUGACGGUCCAUUUCGAGGUCAAAUCAAGAUAUAAAAAACAAUUUGCAAAAGCAAGUUUUACGUCCGAAUAUGACCUUGAACUCAAAUACAAGGUCGUGUAAAGCUGAAAUGUUAUUUGAGGUCAUGGUCACAUUCAGACGUAAAUUUUCUGCCUUUACCUAGUUCAGAUUAGAAAUAGAAACUCUGAAAAUGUUGACUCCACCUUGAUGGUCAAUGCAACAAUUGAGUAUCCCCAAAAACUUCACAACUGUGGUGUCGAACGGUCUUGCUAGAGUAAAUUAAUGUCUUGAAAUGGCCUUGAAAGCAUAACAUUUUUUUCUAGAACGCGGAGUUUUAAAAAUAUUUAGGUAGAAGGUUAAAAUGCGACACAGUGUAUAUUAUCCCCAUUAUAAUUUUGACGCGCGAGUGUGACUGGUUCUUGAAUCGAAAUUUUCUGACUGGCGGUCAGGCGACAUCGAAAUUGAUUUUGAUGGUCAAAAUUCAGUUAGAAUUCCUGUCAUAUGCUCGAUUGUAAGUAUGAGAAUAUUUUCGUUUGGACAGAUGAUCCCCGAUAAAAAAUAUUUGGGGGAAAGAGAAUCUAGUCCUAGUUAAUAUUAAUAUUUCUUUAUAACGGAACGCGACAAAAAAAACGACUCGUGUAAUUCAGGUGAGUUUGUGAACAUAUUUACAUGGACUGACCUAACGUUAUAUAUGAUGAAAAAUGAUGAUACUACCGCUCAAGCGGUAUAAAAUUACUAGUAUAGGAAACAAUACAAAUAGAUAAUAUAGGAAAUUAUUGCAGCUAAAAUGUCAUCACAUUCUGAUAAGUUCAAUAGUGUUUCAUAGUUUGAUCAUAAAAACAGUUUGAUAUUGAUACAGGUUGAAUAUUAUAGUUUCGGGUCUCAAGGACUUUUCGACUAACUUAGACGUUUGACCAAAAACGUGAAAUUCGACACAGUUUAAGAAUAACAGAACCUUGCAUUGCAUUGCAUAUUGGCCAAAUCAUCUAAAUUUUCAAACUUGUAUAAGUUAGAUUGAAAAAGUUUCACGAAUCCCGGAGCUAUAAAUGUACGUUGUUUUUAGGAACAUUAUGGAGAUUUUGUAGUUUUCUUGAAGCAUUUUUAAGAAAACGUAUUAACAGUAAUAAAUUUCUAAUAGGUAAGCUAAUAAUUGCAACAUCUGAGUGAGAAAAUGAAUUACAUUGAAGAUCAGCAACUUUCAUAAUUUCUAUUUGAAAUUUGUAUAUAUUCCUUACUAAGACUAAUGUCUGCUUUAAGGGAUAUUGCGUUAUCUUUAGGUCUUUAUUAGUAUGAUCACUAUUUUUAAUGGAUACACUUUUUUGUGUUCAAGUGAUUUUUUCAAAUACUCUGUCAAAAUAACUGAUUUUUUUAAAGCAUUUCUUUUUUGAUACAAUAAAAUGUUUGGUGAUGAAUAUUUAAAAGAUUUCACGUGUAUAUCACAUCCGAAUCUAUGUUUUAUUUUAUGUUACAUCAACGUUAUGUUUACAUUAUUUAUGUUUAUUUGAGAUGUAACUCAUAACAAUCAUAUAUUUGAGACAAAGCAUUAGUGCAAUAAAAAAACGAGAAAAAGCGAAUGAGUUAUGUUAAUAAAUGAUAUUCCUCAUUUCUGUGUUGUAUUUUUGCAUUCGUGUAUUUUUUUCUUGUUAUAACGGUAGAAAUUUGUCAAAAUACAGAUACUGUUAGGCUUUGACAAUGAGAAUGAUUUGGAUGUUAUCCAAUAUUUUUGAAUCUCAAAUCUUAUUUAAUUUUACAAAAAACAUUGUGCUUUUAAGACGGGGUUCCCUGGGGCAUUGAGGUUAGGAAAUUUCUCUUAUGAUACUUAACCGAAUCCUGUAAUCUCACGCGUAUGGUCCAAAAGCUAAUUAGCUGGGUAACAACUUACAAGUUUUACGAAUAACUUCUGCUUUCAUAAAGAUAAAUGAUGCAAAAAAUUAAGUUAUUCGUAAAACCUGUAGGUUGGCUCCUAGCUGAUUAGCUUUUCAAACCUAGGCAGGAGAUUACACGAUUCAUUUUAAAAUGAAAAGAGAAAUUUUAGUUUGUUAUUCAAAUUUUUCCUAACCUCAAAUCCAGGCGAACCUCGCCUAGACAAUGUCACUUAGCAGGUCUACUGUCCUAAAAAAUUGUUUUAUGGCCGUAUUGUCAGUCGUUCCAACAAUUUUAGGACGCCUUUAUGGCCUCCGUGAUUUUCAUAGUUUUCUACUCUUCCGUGUCAGCGCUCUACUUUGAGGUUAUGUUACAAAUAUAUCUAUUUGCAUCAAAUUGUUCAUGCUUUUUAUUUAUAUGAAGCUUCACAAUAGGAGAGCCCUGACGCUGACACGGAACAGAAAUCUAGAAAUACACUAGCCUUUCUGAAGGAGCGAAAAGAUUAUGGAAAUCAAGGUCACAAAAGCGUCCUAAAGUAGAAACGACUGACGAUACGGCCCUAAGACGAUUGAAAAGAAAAUUUUCAAAAGUAUAUGCGCAGCCUAACAGUAUUUACACCUAAGGGAAACUGAUUCAAGACAUGUUUUCACGUAAUGAAAUAGUCAGCUUAUUUGAUAAGAAAUUUAUAGAUAAUCAUGUGAGGACAAUUCAUGUGAUUGUUGAUAAAAAUUUCAAAGUACAUCAAUCACUGUUAAACUUGCCAUGGUUUUGUUGUAUAUUGUUUUUGUUGUAAUAUUUAUGAAACGUUUACAAUUCAACACGUUUGCAAGACUGUGAGGAUUCUUGCUAAAUAAAUUAUAUGACAAAU